AGGGCUCGUGUGCGCAUCCAUUAGAAACGCCUGUUCUCUGUUCUCUCUUUUGAAACGAACUCAGCAUAUUCGAAUACACGAAUUCUGAACAGCGCCAAUACGCAAAUACCAAAGAAAAAACUUGUACAGUAGAAAACAAAAAACAAAAAUGGCAGCGGACGACCGACUCACAUUGUCCGACGACGCCGCCGUCAUCUGCGAGGACGUCGUCAGCCGCCUCUUUAGCCGCGAGGCGCGUUACCAGCACACCAAAAUCGCCGCCCUCGUCUCGUCCAUCUCGGACCAGGUGGUGCAGCGGUUGACGCAGGAGGCGAAGCUGCCUCGCAAGUACAUCGCCCUGGUGUCCAUCCUGCAGAAGAACGGCGCGGGCGUGCACGCCAUAUCCUCCUGCUCGUGGAACCCGACGAGCGACGCGUGCUACGUGCACAAGAGUGAGAACAGCGCCAUGUACUGCAUCGUGACGGUGUACGGCAUCACUGUGUAG